AUGAUCCGCCGAGCAUCUGUUUUCGCAGCGCCGUUAGGCGCUUCGGCGGCUACGAUGCCGAUAGGCGAUGGCUGCCGCGUUCCGAUCUUCACUUCGAUUAUCCAUCACUGUCAGAUGAUGAAACUUUUUCCGCCACCGUUGCACUCUGCUGUGAAACCAGCACCGGCCAUCGACCGACUGACUGCUGCCGUCUUGUCAAGUCAGAGCCCAAGCCGACCGGCACCUGUCUGCGGGCCGGCCGGUCGGCCCUCGUUCCCUUCUCUCAGCCAGUCGUCCGGUCCUUAG